UCGCUGUGUGUCGUACGUGUUUGUCGCGGGCUCCGGACGGCCUCGAGAGGCAAUCCGAAAGGCAGUGCGAGAAUAAUAGAUACACACACGUAAAGAGAUGUAGUUGUUAAGCGAGCGAGGCGCGUAACGGCCGGUGAGCGUGUGUGUUCUCCGUUCCCACGGUUGACAGUGCAAGGAACAAUCGAGAUGUGAUCGCUCGCGCAGCUCGACAUUAACGGUGCUCGCCGCGAGGCUUGAUCUUAACGCGAGGAAAAAACCGUUUCUCCGGAAGAGGAUCGCCACCCGAUCACCGAUCGCACCGAGACACACCAGAGCUAUGACGAGAUAACAAAUGCAGAAUGAGAUACAGUAGCAGCAGCGGCAAUCUAUUCAGUUAUGCGGUCCUCACAUUCACCCUUACUCGUCUCAAGGUAAAUGCAGAAGGUGGAGUUGCCUGUAAAGAUCAACACGGACGCUUUUAUGAAAGCGGCUUCCAUUACAUCCCUGGACCUGAACCAUGUACCUUUUGUGUUUGUGAUAACGGCAAUCCGAAGUGGUGUAAAGCAUUUAUUUGCAAAUUUCUCGAGGAAAAUUGCAAAUCUUUUCGUCGAGGUGACACCUGCUGUGAGUUUAUUUGUCUGGAUGAUAUCAAUCUCUCAUCAAUGUCCAAUGAUAAGGCUGACGGAACGGGAACUAACGCAAUAGAUGGAAAUGCAGAUUAUGACAUAGGUUUACGAUCGGUUGUCAGUUUUGUGACAGCAAUAUUUUCCCUCAGUAUGUUAUUUUUUUUGAUACAUCGUCUGCGCCAACGUAAAAUACAAGUAGUUUGUGUGGCAGGUCGCGAAAACAGGCAAUGCGGAGAGGACCAAAGAAACUUAAGUAAUAUGGGAUAUUUGGAGAGAAGCGGGUUGCCUCACGGGGUGCCCAUGGAUGACAUACCUUGCGGGACAGGCUACUCACUGUGGAAACCACCCGGUAGCAAUUACUUUCCGCGCGGUGAGGCGCCGCCGCCCUACGAGGAAGCGGUCGCCGCUGCGAGAGCGGAGCAGGCGUUGCUGUCGAUAAAUCCGCACACGUUAUUGCCAAUGAAUUUCUCCGACAAUUACAUGCCAAAUGUCAACAAUCACGCGAGCGUAGCAGUGGUCGCGGACGCACAAAAUGAAUUGACCGCGAACACGCAAGCAUCAUCCAACGACAGUCACAUCAGCACGCCCUUGAUAUCCUCGUCGAGCAGACCGCUCUCCAGUCCCGGCGCGUACGCCAGCAGUUAUCGUCCGGUGAGCCAGAGCAGUGCGACAUCCACCAUCGGUUUGAACACGAGCACCUCUAGCACAAGUUUCACAAUGGGAACAAACACAUACGAGAAUCUGCCUAUCUCGUCGAUCGGCGUGACGAGUUUCAACGAGGGUCAACACUCCGGGCUGACCAGCAGCAACGCACAGCCGCUGCUACCGAUAUCGCAUUCCACUAUACCGAAGAGUUAUCGCCAGCAUACAACAACUUUCCCGCGCCAGAACGGCGGCGGCGCGUUCACGAUAUCGGCGACCCUGUCAAAUUCGGACGUGUCCGCCCAUCGCACGAUCCCGCGAACGCUGACCACACGCGUCAUCAGCAGAGCGAAGGAUGUUUUGACAGACUGUUCGGCGAAGGAUUACCUUCGCUUGUCACCGAGCAGCAUCGCGGCGCCGCAGGGCUUGUCGCAUCCCAUGCAGCUGUCCCCGAGCAGUUACAAGAGCACUAAAGAGUCGGACGCAUUUUAUGCGGACGCCUCUAUAGCGUCGGCAUCCGGUCUGUCGCAAGCAUACACAACCGAUACAACGGACGUAUCUGAGAAGACUCGCGAAUUUAAACCUUCGCUGAACAUAGCCAACGAGAUCAAUGCGAGCGGCAGCUUCGACUCGGUGACGUGCACUUGUAGCAUGCAGGCGUUACCAACUCUGCACGACGACACGGACGAUUAUCGGAGCGAGUGCGAAAACUGCAAAAGCGCGACGGGUUCACGUUAUUAUCUGGAUAACGAGGACGAGCUGGUCACGUCUCUCCACGAGACCAUGACGUUACACAGGAGACCGGAUGAAGCAGGAUCAAGUGCCACACCACAGUAUUAUAGAACUUCACUUACACUGCCGACGAGUACACGCCAACGUACAAGAAUCACCGGGGCUCGUGAAAAUUGGUUCAACACUAUGCCAGAAAGUUCUAGCGGAUCUUCCGACGAAAACUAAGUAUUACAAAAAAAUAGAGGAAAAUGUUUAAGCGCGCAAAUAAGAUUAUUACACACAUCACACGCACACAUACAAUAUCUACAUGUUACGUAAAUAUAAAAAAACUAUCUAUACAGAGUGUCCCAGAAUUAUCGCGCUUCUCCUCUCGGAUAAAAUCGUUGGUUGUACGUCAAUGCAUCAAUAAUUUCUGCGUCGUAUUAUAAGAUACACAAUGAAGAUGUUCAAUUUAUUACGAUGUAAGGAAAACUCUUCUAAAGUUUCGCAAAUCUUUUCAUUCAUUCGGUGUGAUGGCAGCUUAAGUCUUCCAAAAUUCUCUACUCUUUGUGUGUAAUAUUUGAGAGAAACUGCCAGUUUUUGGGACAUCCUUUAUAGCGAUCGCCAUAAUUAUCAUAAUCGUCACCAUUGUCCUCGUCGUCAUUAGCCUAGUUUACAUCGAUCGUGUAUCAAGUAUUAUAUUCGUACUAAAUAGCUAAUCCGGCAAACGAUAUAUAGUACGAAUAUGAUACGGAUUUAGCAUGAUAAACGUACGAUGCAAAGUGGGCCAUUAUCACCAUCAUUAGUAGCGGAAGUCUAAGAGAAUUCAUCGUGGACCUUCCCGUUUCUACAUCUAAGGCGCGGCAGUGGGAAAUUUCACGGUGAAAUCUCACAAGCUUCCUCAUCACAUAAUCAGUAUUAACAAUUAUCAAGUACCAUAAUCGUCAUCGUCAUUAUCGUCGUCAGCAUUCUCACAUCACACCGCUGUGUUACCAUGUGACAGUAUUUUGUCAAAUUCAGUUUACCUGCCAAACGAGAGAACAAAUUCUGUUACAUCCAAAGAAUUAUACAAAAUUUAAAGAUAGAUCUUUAUUAGUAAAAAAAAAAAAAAUAGAAUAAACUCAUAUCUGUAUAUGUAUAUGAUAUUAGGAUAGUCAUGAAAAAUGUAACAAGUCAUGAAAAACUCUUUCCUUCAUGAAAUGUCUACAAACACCAGAGAUUCGUUUUAAUAUAUAAAAAUUACAAAUUAUAUUAAUAUAUUUGUUAAUAUAUACAUAUAUAUAUAAGUUGCCUAAGGCACCAAAAUAUUGAGGACCCGCCAGCAGUCGUGGGUGAAUUUUUGUGAGUAUGAAUAGGUCCGGUACUCCCCGGGAUAAUUGGAGAAUGUUGAUAUUAUCGCCGACCACUUUCGAUUACGCGAUAUAAAUAUCUGAAUGUUUAUUCUAUGACGCACAUUAUCGACUUUACCAAAUUUACUAUCAUUCCGAUAUUUUCUUAUAUACAUUUACGCAUCUCUACGCCGUACGGCAAUAUUAUGUAUUUAUCUAUAAAACUGCGUUUCCACGACAUUAACAUGCGUUAUUUGAAUUAUUUUAGCUGACAUACUUUUAGCAGUAGCAUAAGUGAAUAGUUUUAAUUUCUUUUUCUCUUCAAUUUGUAUAAAAAUUUAUUGAAGAUCGAUUUUAGUUGAAAAAUUAAACUGGAUAUUUGUAUCGAAAAUUGUAAAGAUUGUAACGAGCGAGAGAUUGGCCUUUUAUCAAAUCGUGAUUUUGAAAUUUCGAUAGGAAAAAAAUUGAAUUUGUGUUUGUCGACGAAUCAAAAAUUCUGUGACUCUUAUGCUCUGCUACCAUGUAGAUAUGUGAUAUGAUAAAAAAAAAAGAAUAAAAUUUGGCUGCACUCAUAACACCAUAUUCUGGUCGGAAAGUAACGAUGAGUGAAAGUGUCGAGCUAUUAAACGAAUGAACAAAAGUGAAAUCGAAGAGGUAUUUUAAUUGUAAAUUGUCUAUAAUUCAAGUAGAGAAUGGAGGAUACGUAUAUAAGUACAAGUGCGAAUACAAGUUGUGUUUUAUUUACGACAUUUUUAAGACCGAAAAGUGCGAAAGUCUUCAUUUCGUUAUUAAAACAUUUAUGUCUAACGACGAGAUUCACAAUAUUGACCGAAUCAUAGUUCAUUGUAAUUGUAAUGUGGAACUUCUUUGGGCUUCUCGAGACCUCUUGUAAUUUCUUCUUAUUCAUGAAAUACUGUGAAAUACCAAUAAUUAGCAAAUAAAUCUUUUCUUCUGAUUGCCAAUGUA